GGCAGCACACAUGAAGAGAAACGGAGGGUGCGUUCAGGCUCCGUUGUUAAUCUGAUAAUUAAUGUUGAUUUGGGUUUCGGUGAGCCGAUUUCGGAGUCGGUAGGCGUCGGUAAUUGUCGGUGUCGGUGAGCAGUCCUCCUCUGGCCGGGCACAGCUCCAUGUUAUCCGCCUGUCGGUGCUGUUCGCCGGCCGCAGCCUCUCACACAGACCCAUGAAUCUCUCACAAAGUUGUGGCUAACGUUUAAAGCUAUCAACGAGUCACAGGACGAGAUGUCGGCAAAUAAAACAAAGAAGGUCAAAAUGGCUACAAAAUCCUGUCCGGAAUGCGACCAACAGAUUCCGGUGGCGUGUAAAUCCUGUCCGUGCGGCUACGUGUUUAUCAGCAGAAAGCUGCUCAACGCCAAGUUAAACGAGCGCUCCUCUCCGGCCAUCGCAGACAAGCUGGACUUCAAGCGGAGGACGACGGGGCGGAUCCGCAGGGAGAGGGUGGACUCCCCUCUGACCAGCGACCUGGAGAACCGGAGGAGACCCCGAACCAACAGCCAGUCGGACCCCAUCAGGAGGGGGCGGGGCCGGCCCAAGACGGUGGGGCUGAAGAAACAGGACGAGGACAAAGAGAAGCAGGAGAAGGAGGUGGACAUUUACGCCGGACUCUCGGACGAGAAGGCCUUCGUGUUCUCCGUGGCUCUGGCUGAGAUCAACCGCAAGAUCCUGGGACAGAGACUGAUCCUAUAGACCGGACUGCCGCUCGGCUCCACACCGGGACCUCUCAGCCCUGUGGCACCCACCACACACACACACACACACACACACACACACACACACACACACAGCAGGGUGUGUGCCGAUCUUGACUGAAGUGUGUGUUUUGUAAUCCGUACUGUACGUAACGGCGUCCCGACGCAUCAGGACUGACAGGACGAGCAAAGAGACACACUUUUUAAACUUUGUGCUCCAUUUAAAAGACACACGAGCGUGAAAGAGUGUGAGCGUGCAUGUGGGGAAAUCUGUGAGCGCGUGUGUGUGUGCAUGAGUUACAGUGUGUAUUCCUAUAUUCAGGGUGUAUUUUUAAGUUAAUGAUGGAAGUUUUGUUGUUGAUUUAAAAAAAAAAAACUGCAGUUAAAUCUCUAAA